GCGGUUGGCCGGGGCAAAAAUGUCUGCAUCAUUACCUUUUCAAUGGCAGCACACACCAUAUGCACAGAGUUCAUCACUGUUGUGUGGCCAAGGCGGUAACUAAAUGCAAGGCUGAUCAUUGAGUCACCAGAAGCCAGGUAUCUGUGAAGUAAAUAAACAAGUAAAGAUUAGUUACAUGUAUGAAUAUUAUUUUAAUAUGUGUCUCUUCUUUUUUUCAGUUGAUCUCUGCAAGGCAAAAUGGCGCUCACUGAGGGACACUUUUGUUAAAACCAGAAAGAAAGUGCCUGCCAGUGGUUCAGCUGGAGGAUGUAGCAAGGAGUGGAAGUAUGCGGACAUCAUGUCCUUUAUUGUGCCGUAUGUACAACAGAGAAGUUCCAAAAGCAAUCUUGCUGGUGUGUUGGCGGAAGAAGAAAGAUCUUCCACGCCAGUGUCAAUGUGUGGAUCUGAUGGGCAAGGUUCUUCAAUUUCAACAGUGCCACCGGACAGCCAGCGGCCACAUACUGUUUCCCCAUCCCCAUCGGGGCUCACUACAUCUGGGGUGACAGACAGGCCCCACAGGUCCCGGAGUCCAAGGGAGAGGGUGCCUGUUGCUGUGGCAGAAUCAAGGAGGAGCCACAGACCACAAACAUCUGAUGUGGAAGAACGGCUUCUGUCCAUGUUACAGGAUCCGCUUCCCAAACCGGAUUCAGAGCUUGCGGAAAGUUACCAUUUUGCCAUGAGCCUGGUUCCACUCCUCCACAGACUUGACCGUAACAAGAGGCGGCAGGCCAAAAUUGGUAUUUUGAACCUGCUGCACAAUGUUGAGGACAGCACAGAAAGGCAAGAACCAGCAGGACCAUCAAGUGUAUUUCACCCUCCCCCUACGUUCCACCACCCCUCUACCUUCCACACCCCCACUGCAACUUUGGCUGGGCCAGGUAUUUUCAGGCCAUCAGCUCAACCCCCACCAACACACCCAAUAGGACCAUACACUGGCAUGCUCUCUGAGGAUACACAGUGGGGGUAGGGCAGCACCCCCUACACCUGUAAAUAGUUGUUUUGCUGUGGUUUUUCAUUGAUAUUUCUAAAUUUGUUUUACAAAUUACUCUGUGUUAUAUUGUGUUUGUACUUUUUCUAUCUGUUUGAAGUGUGUAUGUGUUCAAUAUUGAAAAUAAAAGGUAAAAUAUA